CUGGCAAGUAGCAAUCUAGCAAUACAUUGACCGCACAACAAAACGUCAGUUUGUCAGAAGUUUCAAAUUGGUUUAAACUUUGAAUAAUAAACGUUAUAUUAUGAAGAACAGUUAUAACUUUCGAAGAAGAGGGCAAUUAAGUAUAAGUUCUUACAAUAAUAUUCAAAAAUCGAAAUAACUACAUGUUAUAAUUCUAUGCAGAUUUUUAAAAUGAGCGUAAUUGAAGCAAAAUGGAAUUAUAAAAUAAGUUUAAGUGAAAUUGAAGACAGCUUUUAUAGCAAUUUCGAGUUACAAUUAAAUAAUAUAUGCGAAAAUGUCCUUAAAGCUCUGGAAGACGGUUUUUUAAUAGAAAGUAUUAAUUACCAAGCAAAUAUAGCUCAAACAUACGACGAAGAAUUGAAAUUAAUCAUUGAGAAUAAUAAAGAACUAAGACAAGAAAUUGCAUUACAACUUAAUGAAAUAACAAGGCAGCAAACCCAGUAUGAGAACUACAAGCAAGAUCAAAAACUUCUCACGCAAGAAAUAAAAGAAACACAUGAAGCAUUUUUAAUGGCAAAAAAAUGCUAUAAAAAGUUUUUAAAGAUAUAUUAUUCAAUAGAAUCUAGAAGUGGCAAUACACAGGUUAUUUUUGUGCAAUUUUUCACUGAAGCCAAAAAAGAUACAGAAAACUAUUCUGUUAGAUUGUUACGCAACAUAGAAUCAGGAAAAUAUGAAUUGCAGAGCAUCUACCCAAAACUCAAAACAUUUAAGGAUCUCCAAAGAAAGUUAAAAGAAACAAAUGAUGUCCCUGGAGUGCUGUGCUGUUUGAGACAAGCAUUUAUAUUAUUAAAAGAUGCUAAAAAAAAGUAAUAUUAUAACAUUGAAAAGCAGUUUAUUAAAAUAUACUUUUAUUUUAUAAACAUCACAACAUAGCAACCAUAGCAUA